CGGCAGGCCGCGGGACGAGCUGGUCGAGAAAAGGCGACGGUCGUUAAAUCGAGUCAUUAAACACGCGUGCUCCUCGCAACACCGGGUGUUCCCGAUUUCCUGCGGACAAUCUUUCAAAAUUCCUCGUACACAGGGAAAAAUGAAAAGAAUUCAUGGCGUUUUCUAUUACUGAUACAAUAACAAAUUUCAAUUCUGAUCCUCAUGGGAGCAGUGUCGAGGAACGUCACAUUAAACAUUAAUUGAAAAAAAAAGAAUUGAAAAAUAAUUAAGGGUGUUAUUGAAAUUUUACAAAAAGAGAAAAAGGAAAAAGUCCUGAACAAACAAAUGAAAGUUAAUAAUUUUUUUGAAAUUGAGUAUCCGUUGAAUUCGAAUGGAAAAUAGGAAAAGUAUAAUUGGGUGUGAAAGGGGGUGAUCGCCAAAGAGUCUACGAACGAAGAUAAGGGACGCGGUGACCCGGCCCGUGGAAGCUCGUAUAAAAUCGACGAUAGCGAAGUCGACAGCCGGCAGUGUUGCGGGAGCCGUGCGCGAGAGAGGACGGACGUUCGUGGCUUAUGUCGACGCGCGGGAAAAUCGACGCGUAAACGUGAAAAGUCGCCGAUGCUCCCCCGCAACGCUUUGUUUUACUACAACGACCGCGAACAUUACGAUUUUUUAAACGAACCAUUGUGUUGUCAUCGAUUUGGUGAAUCGUCAAGUGCGAACGUCCAUCAUUUUACCUAACACCAAGUUGUGCCUUGAUAAGCACAUGUUACAAUUAACCCCUUUCCUCCCGUAUCGUUUUUAAAAAUCGCCGACGAGACUGGAGGUUUCCACGAAACAUUCGAAUCACGAGGAAUUUUGAAACUUUCGACACAAUUUUGAGGAAAUUGAAGCUGUGUCUCUCUGCAAAGGAUCUCGCGAUAAAAUUUAUCGAGUUUUCGGGGCUGGAAAAGUUUCCGGCAGAGAUGCAGCGACUGCGAACGAACGACGCGGAUACGAGCGGAAAGUCGUGGGAGCCUUGAAAGAUUUGCGGAAGGAGGACGCGUAAGCAGGAGCAGGAAGAGCGAGGGAAGAGGAUCCGCGAACAAGAGGCAACGUAGAGGCGAGAAAACACUCGAGGAAUGCCGUGGAUAAAGUGUUUGGGUGGCGGGGGCGGAAAGGCCAGAAGAGGCAAACCACUCAGCGUCAGCCAGCCGAUCCACCUGCUCGUCAAGAGCGAUUUUGAACCGCAAUGUCACGUGUUCCGAACGAAGCAGCUGCGCAAGCCGCGUCCGUGCCAUUUGUGCCAUCAGGCGGUGAUCAAACAGGCAUCGUGCUGCAGAGUCUGCAAGUACAUCUGCCACAAGAGCUGCGAGGACAAGGGUGCUAGAUUCCGGGAUACCUCGCAACAAAUACACAAGCAAUGGCAGGCAGAUCCGGCAAGAGCGUUUCCAACAGUCGGGACCGUCACCACAGGUUCAGUGUCCCCCACGUCGGGCGACAUUUCAAGCCCGAAUUCAACACCCAGUCCGAGUCCUAGUCCUACGAACAGUCAACAAGUCACGCACAAUGGGGGUUACGAGGUGCAACCUAAGAAUAUUAACACCAUCUCCAGAUCCAAACAACAGAUACAGACGUCCUCGUCGGCGACGACACCCGCGAGGACGCCGGGCGUCGGCGCGGACGCGACGACGACAGGAUCGGGAAAGGGCGGAGGUCGCGUCACGGAAGUAAUGGAACUUUGUUACGUCACCGAAAGGAUCAUUGCUCUUUGGUACAGAGAGGAUGCGCAGGGGGUCCUUGAACACGCUACGGCGCUCCUGCGAGGGAAGCAUGCUGAUAAUUAUAUGAUAUUCAACCUUUCGUCACCGGGUCGCCCGGGGGAACCGAACACCCGGGAGGCAGGUUGGCCGCAAGGAUUGGCACCCAGUUUGGAGAGAUUGUGCGCCCUGUGCAAGGAGCUGGACUCCUGGUUGAACGGUGCUCCGAAUCGCGUGGUGGUUCUUCACGCCAGGGGAAGCAAGGAACGAUUGGGCGUGGCUGUUUCUGCGUAUAUGAACUACAGCAGCAUAUGCGGUGGACGUGACCAGGCGUUAGACAGGUUCGCUAUGAGAAGAUUCCUCGACGACAAGAUUGGAUCCCUGCAGGUUCCGUCGCAUCGAAGGUACAUCAAAUACUUCAGCGGUCUGUUAUCUGGCUCGUUGAGAAUCAGUCAGUCGCCUUUGUAUUUAACACAUCUCACGGUCCUCGGUGUACCACUGUUCGAACCCACGGGAUGUCGAGCCUUCCUGAAGGUGUACGAAGGGCUCACUCCAGUCUACACGUCGGAUCUCUAUUCCGUGACGAAUGCUCGUGAAUUCACAGUGAAUCUCGGGGGUCUACGUCUGAGGGGUGACAUUCUGGUGAAAUGUUACCACAGGGUGUACUCGAAGCAGAGCCGAGAAGUGAUGUUCUCCCUGCAGUUCCACACGUGCGUGAUUUCGGAGAACGUGGUGUCCUUCCCUCGAUCGGAACUGGACGUGGCUUGCGACGAUCCUAGAUGUCCUCCGGAUAGCGUGGUGACUCUGUACUUUGCCAGCGACGCCAAGCGUCAAGACGGACCCAUACCUGCACCGACGCCUGCUGUGCCGCACGCCUCCGCACACCACGAUCCGAUCUUACACUGGGACAGCUACACGAAUCUCGAAAUCAGCGACGAUGGACGGGAAACACCAUUAUCACCACCGCCACCUUCGAGUUCCUCUGUUCAGACGUCACCUCGUGGAUUGGGUUACACUUGCGGUCCCAUAGAUGGAUCCUUGUACGCUGUGGUACACCAGGGUGCUGCUGGUGGUGCCCGUGGCUCACCAUUGACAGUUUCCAUGGACAGCGGCAUCAGCAGUGCUCCACCACAGAGACCUAGUCCACCCGAGCCAGAACCGGAUAACCAGGCUCAUGGUGAUCUCGAUAAACUUCUUCAUGAUAUGAUGCUUACUGUUGAGUCGAUGCCGGAUCCUCCAAGCGAGGAGUACAGAAGAGAAAGAAACGAGAAGAUGUACAUUCAAGAGAGCCGUGGUUACAGUAGUCACACGAGCAGCCAUUCGCCAUCGACGUACUCUACGUUGAAAGAUUCUUACAGAAGUUACAGCGCCGGAAAAGAAUCGAGUCCCCCGUAUAACUCGAGCAGCAGUUAUAGUACUUUAAAGAACGAGUACCGUGAACCGAAUAAGAUCGAGCAUCGAAGAGAGGAGUUCGAUUAUCGAGUGUCGCCGGAUCGAAAAAUCUCCGAAUCGUCCACCGAUUCGUAUAGAAAGCACACAGACUCGUUCUCGCCGCCUGGCAAUAUCGAUUAUAUCGACGAAGACAUUCCCUAUCACGCCAGACAGACGAGUCAACCGUUUUCGUACGGUGCCACUUCGGACAUGAUCAAACAUCAGAAGCUUUCGUCGCCUUCGUUGGUCAGGAAAGCUUCUGUACGAGGCACCGCGCCCAUGGUGGACUUUGAGGAUAUCCUCGGAGAGAAUUCGAGGAGACCCAUCAGUCCUCUCAGCCCUAACACUCCGGAUCCUCCGCCGGAAUUCGCUAAUGGACCGACCAAGGGCAAUUCGGAUCACGUCGAUGGAUUAUCCUGGCUGAGACAGCAGCAAUUGAAACUGGCCGCGAGGAGGGACGAAAGGAACCCGGGAAAACUUUGGCGACAGGAGACCGGAAAUCGGGUGAUCGGCGAAUUGAGGAGCUUGCAGAGAAACAGACUUAGGCACGAUGGAUAUGCAAGCGACUCGGCUGUCCUCGACGACGACGACGACGGGUGGGCUGUCAAUUCCACUUCCGGACAGACGCAAACGCGACCGACUCCCUACACAUCGGCGCCAGCCAGCCCUCUGCUUCCGCAGCGAUCCAGCAGCCGGAAGUACAACGGAACCGCCGGAACCGGUACUUUGGGGAGACCUCGAGCGGAGAGCGUGAACGAGCGUCCUUUCAUGUCGGUGAAACGGGCGUACGAAUACCGCAAAUACAGCGACAGCCAGAGCCCUCCGACAUCCCCCCGCUCAGGCUUAGCAAGCACACAACCCUUAGGAUUAGCAAUGCAGCAACAAGCAACGUUCGUUAGCACGGACAAGCCGCAACCACCAAGGCCAGAAUCUCGAAGCGACAGUUUUAUUCGAGCUGACGCUCUGUUGCGCGAACAUCGUCAGCAACAGCAACAGCUAGCAACCGGCAACAGUAUCGGCAAUCACACGGAUCAGAAACAGGAUUUCGCGAGAAGUUCGCGACCGGAAUCGCGGAACAGAGUGAUCGCUUAUCAGAGCUACGAUCGCACCACAAUGACCAGCAACGAUAGGAGCGUGGAUCACGUGGACGCAGGAUUGCUGGCGGUCGUCGAUCAGCAAUCGAGCGGUCAAAACAACGCUGAUCCUCUCGUGAGCCUCAUUCAAUCACUGGCCGAAAUUUCGCCUGUUCGCUCGUCCUCAUCCGUGACUAACAAGACCGUGAACGAUCAUCACUCUCCAAGCAACAGCGCAGCAACUGCGGCAACUGCGAGCAACAACGUUGCUAACACCAUCACUAAUUGCUCCCCUAACCAGUCGCCCAAAGCAUGGCAGAAUUGCACCCAGUCGCACAAUGACUCAGCGUCAUCGUGGACCGAGAGGAGCGUCAGUCCCGGAAGUGCAGUGGUCAGCAACGCCUCGAGGCCUCAGACCCCAGCGUUUCCGGUGCAUCCUCGAACACCGUACGUCAACAAUUCAUCACCGACGGUGACGUUCGCGGCUGAUCGUGCUUACUCCACUUCCAACACUAGUUACAACGUGAAUAACAAUAAUAACAAUGUGAACAACGUCGAGACAGCCGGGAACAAUAAUAAUAAUGUCGGGAAUUACGCUAGCGAACGAACGAUCUACAUCGAAGAACGAAGAGAAGUCUCGAAGGAGACGGGACUUCCACCCAAGAGUCCGACAACACAGAGACGAUUGAGUUUCCCGGCAAGCGGGCCACUUAAACAAACGCAUAACAAACGAUGGCCGCUCACUAACCAAUCGGCGUCGUUCGACUAUAGCAAGGACCGAUCUGUUUCUCCGAUAAACGAGUCGACGAUGCAGUCUCAAGUUGUCUCACGCAGCCCUGGUACUCCGACUCACAUCGAGUUCUCGCAGAGUCCCAAGAGUGCCACAUCGUACACCUCCAUUAACAGCGGUGGCCAAUCGUCUCCACAGGUCCAGUAUUAUGGUUCGAGACGGUCCAGCGUUCAUUCGAACACCGAGCCCCAGGAAGUGGCCGAUGCGAACGUUAAAUUUGUGCGCGACACCAGCAGGAUCUGGUACAAGCCAAACAUAUCUCGAGAGCAAGCCAUCUCAAUGCUGAAGGAUGCAGCACCUGGAACGUUCGUUGUCAGAGACAGCAACUCCUUCCCAGGUGCCUUUGGACUCGCUUUGAAGGUAGCAACUCCACCUCCAGGUGCACCGAGCAGUCCCAGAGACCCGUCCAGCGAGUUGGUCAGGCAUUUCUUGAUCGAACCUACCUCCAGAGGUGUCAGGUUAAAGGGUUGCGCGAACGAACCAGUUUUCAGCUCGCUGUCGGCAUUGGUUUAUCAGCAUAGCUUGAUGGCGAUGGCUCUACCUUGCCAGCUGCUGCUCCCGGAACCGGAAGCUGCGGCCAGAGCCCUAGAUUCAUCUACCACGAACAGCACCCAACAGCUGCUCGCGCAGGGUGCAGCCUGCAACGUUUUAUACCUUUUCACAAUGGAUACCGAAUCGCUGACGGGACCUCAAGCGAUUAAAAAAGCAGUCACGACCAUGUUUGAACAGAAACCACUGCCUACCGCGACUAUCGUUCAUUUUAAGGUCUCUACACAAGGGAUCACCCUGACUGAUAACGCGAGGAAGCUUUUCUUCCGUAGACAUUACCCGACGAACAAUAUCAGUUAUUGCGGUUUAGAUACCGAGGAACGCACCUGGGAUUUCACUGGCGACGACUCUGGACGAUCAGCUAGCGCUCAUCGAUGCUUCGGAUUCGUGGCAAGGAAACCCGCCCACAAGUCGGACAAUCAAUGCCACGUGUUCGCCGAACUUGAACCAGAGCAACCAGCCACGGCCAUAGUGAAUUUCGUGAACAAGGUCAUGAUGGGCAAUUCCAUAGCCAAGGCCAACAUCGUUUAAAUCCUGACAUUCAUCGCACGCCUCCUCUUAAAAUUUUCGAGUAACGGUUUCAACGUACGGCGUUGACCAUGGACGAAAGAUAGAUUCGUCGAAGAAGGAAAUCGUGCAUGUGUGGUUCUUGAAUGAAUCUAAUUGACUCUCGUAAUAGAUCUUCGUGCAUUUCUUGAACGUAGAAUCGGAGUCAGUAGAGCAUGAACGUUCUAAACAAUACCGUAGAAAUUAUCCUUAAGGGUUGUGGAUCAUUCGAAGAAUGAUCAGGAAGAGAAAAAUUGAUUCCAUCCUUGUUGAUCGCACGCUCGAGAAGAGAAACGUUGUUGACGAUCGUUACUGUUGGCAGAAUUAUCUUUUAGCGAGUAGCAGAGUAAUAUAAGCGAACCUGGAGCAACGUACGACGAUGCAGAGUAAUUUGGUCCAUAAUUGGUUUGAUAACUCAUUAAUUUGUUGGUGAUUUUAAUUUUCUUCUGUUUUAUGGUUAAAUGGAAUUUUCAGAACCCACGGAUGGCAGACCAUGGAGGGAGCUACAGUUUUAAUAUAAUUUUAAUAUAAAUUUUUCAGUGUUCUUUAAAAAUUAUUGUUCCAAUACAUGAAAGUAUUUAAAGUUCUAAAAUGCAGAAUUAUACUUUGCUUCCAGGACAAAAUUGUUACAGAAAGGAUACCGUAUAUCGGUAUAGAGUUCGGUAGCUAUUAGUCGAAGAGCAUAUCGGUCGUGUAAUUUCGACGAUCGUCCAGCGCUCGAAGCGCAAAAUCGCGAGUACGUCUCGAUCGCAUGAAUACACUCUCAUACACAGAAAUAUAUACGUUAUACACUAUUGCGAAGAAUAGUUGAAUCAAUGUGUACGUUAUCAUGAAAGCGUUAUACUUGGGACUCUCGAGUAAUGUUUAGCGAAGAAAUGUUACGUCGUUGCGGAGCCAUGCCUCUAUUAGCCCACGAAGAAAAGGCUAGCGUGUUACAUAUAAAUAACUGUAAAUAAGUGAACAAAGAAACGAACGACGCGCGUGAUUCGUCGAGGAAGAUGGACGUAUCACGAUGAAGAGGAAGAAGGAGGAUUCGAAAAAUGCGUCGAAUUAAAUCAGACGGAACAGAAAUAAACGAUACUCGAAGAGGAGUAGCGUAUCGAAACGAAGCAUCACAUCGUCGUAUAAUUUUUUUUUUUUUUUCUUCUUUGAUCAUCAUCCUCCCGAAACCCAUAGGUUCUUGCCAUUAAAUCGUCCUCGCGAGCGAUAUCCUUCGUUUUUGAAAAAAGAAAACGGUCGAACCGACGAAGGAGGAUCCUGUCGACGAGGACGAGAAUAAGCAGUCAAUUAUUGUACGAGAGAAUGUUACAUGUAAUUAAUACGACAAUACUGUAGCCACGAGAGGAUCUACGAUCGACAUUUGUAUCGUAAUCCUUCUCGUCGCGACACAUAUUUCUUCCUCUUCGUCUUCUUUUCGAUGUUUUAAUGUUUUAAUAUACGUGGGGAGAUUGGUCGGGU